AUGAUGACGAAGGUAUAUCGCAGUGGAGUACACUAUGAAGGACCACACUUCGCAAAAGACGAAAGUGCAUUGUACUGGGUUGAUAUUGUACAACAGAAAAUUUUGAGGCUCGACAUUGACACGGGCAAUGUUACCAGCAGAUACAUAGGGUACGGCCCGACCAGUCUAGUUGUAAGAGUAAAAGACUAUCCCAAGUUAGUGUUAGUAAGCGUUAGAUCGGCACUGUAUCUUUUGUCUUGGGACGCACAGGAAGACGACAGCGCACUGAGGUUGUUAAGUUCAGUAGACAUCGGUCUACCCGAUAAUAGGUGUAACGAUGGCAAAGUUGAUGCUAAAGGAAGACUGUGGUUUGGAACAAUGGGUUAUGAGACUGAAGCUGGAGUAGAUAAAGAUCAAGCUACGCUUUACAUGGUAACUGAGACGAACCAUAAAAACCCUGAAGUAAAAGUCCGUCCCGUCUCCAUUUCCAAUGGCAUCGCGUGGACAUCCGACAACAAGUUCAUGUUUUACAUCGACACCCCUACCCGAAAUAUCGACGUAUUCGACUUUGACUUGGAAAAUGGUAGUAUAAGUGAGUAUACGUUGUAU